AUGUCGCCGAAAAAGCUGGCACUAAAGGACCAGCCAUCCGCGUCUUCACUGAAAUUGCCUUCUCCGGAACUGAAGCCGGCCGAGGAUGAUAUUUCCCCAGAGUUGGUGCCCAUCGUCACCUUGCUCUCUGCCCAGGCCCAUAGACGCUACCAUGAGGGCAUUUUCAUGUUGUACAACGAUUUGAAUUCCGAUGGCAAAGCUGGCGAUAGAGAGUGGAAAGAAGUGUACGGUAUUCUCACGGGAACGCAGUUGGCCUACUGGGACGCAUCGAGCUUGGCCAAGUUCAAGGACCAGCCGGAACAGCUCUUUGAGACGUCGUCGAAACCAAAGUAUUUGAACUUCACAGACGCCAUUUUCAACGCCAUGAAGGUGCUUCCCGCGGCAAAACAGCAGCUUGAGAACGUUGUCAUUGUCUCCACGACGUUGAAGAAUAGAUACAUUCUCCAAUUUCGCUCCUACGAGACGUUGACCGAGUGGUACAUGGCUCUACGUUUGGCUACCUACGAAUACAACUCGUUACAGGAAGCCUACACUGGGGCGUUGCUCUCCGCUCGAGGAUCGAAACUCUCCGAUAUUCGUACCAUCUUGGCGGAAAAGCGAUACAACCACUCUGAUUGGGUAAAAAUCAGGUAUGGCUCGGGCAUGGCAUGGAAGCGGUGCUAUGCUGUCAUUGAGCCCUCUCAAAACAAGAAGAAACAGUUUCACCCUGGAAGAGUGUUACUUUACGACAAUGAAAAGAUGAAGAAACAGAGCUUGUUGGGAACCAUUACAUCUGCAUCCAUGGUCACCGCUAUAUAUCCUCAGCUGCCUUUAUUCAUUGAUAAGAGUACCAUCAUGAAGCUUGAAGGUGCCAUUAACUUCUCCCUGCCGUCGACUAAAGAGUCGAAGAAGGCUGCUGCGCAAUCUGAAGAAACUUCGCUUUUCAUUAUGCCCGAGCAGCAUUCGGCUGUGGCCGGUUACGAUACGUUGAUUCGUUUUUUGAUCCCACUUUUAGACUCCUUCGGUCUCUAUGGCCGCCCAAAGCGUUUGAAAGCUGAUCGCGUCGACCCAGACUCACUUCUUUUUGGUUUACCUACAUUGCCUCGUGUUCACUAUCUUAUGGUGGGUGAUCUUCACCCGCUUGCUGGAACAGAUGCAUUCAUGUCAUGGGAUCAAGCGAAAUGGACUGAGCACAUCAAACGUAUUCUAAAACUGAAACUCGCUCAAGGCUACAAUGGUUGUGGAAGCUCCAGAGGUUUUGUUGGUGCAUUGAAUUCUAUGAGUCCCAGAAACAGCCCCACCGCAUCUCGCAUGCCCUCGAAUCCACACGAAUCGCCCAAUCCUCAAAAGGUCGAACAAACGAGGAAUGCCUCAGGCCCUCUUCCUACUCUUUCACAACCCAUGGGUCGUCCUGGAGAGCCUCCUCGUUCAUCACUGACUGGAGCAACACAAGCGCAAUAUCAAAAGCCUUUGCCAGGCCAAGCCAACGCUAACCGUCUGCCUCAGCGUCACAGACCACCACCACCGGGCCCUGACCCCGUCAUAAGACAACCAGUCAACAACCAGUCUAGAAACAAGUACAACUUAACGCUCAAUGAUGCUCAAUUGAGAGGUCAACAAAACCCAGGUUCAUUGACUGUUGGUGCCGCGGGCGCUGGUGGAGCUGCAAUGACGGGCCUUGCAAAUCCCCACAAGUCUGUGCAGCUCGCUGAUAUUUACCAAAAGUACUCCACAAUUGAAAGCCCAUCAGACCGUUUCCAUGACAGGAACGAGAUAUUAAAGGGAAGUGCCGAGGAGAUUGAGGAGGAUAAACUCCCCACUCUUAUGAGAAAGAACUCAUUGAUGCGUGGCAUCUAUCCAACAAAUGACAGAAACUUGUUAGGUAGUGACAGUGAGAGCGAGGAGGAUAUUGCAGAGGAAGAUGAAGACUCUGAAAACUUACGUGAACCCCAGUUGCCUUCUGCAAAUCUUCAGGUGCCUGGAUAUGACAAGAGGAAUAGUAGUAUGUCACUGGUUCAGUCUCCAACGACACAAUACAAUGAGUUUAACAGACAAUUUUCAAAAGCUGUGGAUACUCAAGGACCUUUGCGUAACGAGAGGGGGUAUGAAAGCAGCAGUGGUGAAGAAGAGGAAACAUCGGAAGAAGAGGACGAGGACGAAGACGAAGAAAACGAGCAGCCUCAAAGACGUCCGUACCCUCAGCAAGGGCAAGCUUCUAUUCCAAGAUCCACACAGGUCCCCCAACUUCAGCAUCUCAGCCUCAAGGAUGAAGUUGGUGCAGCGCGUGGGCAGGCACAACCCCAGGGCAAUCAAUUGUACAGCCAGCAAGCAUAUAGCCAGCAAGGACAGAGUCUAUACUCUCAGCAGUCAGCCCAGGGUCAGCAAAUCAAUCUCCAAAAGUCAAGGCCUUCUAAGAAUUUGACGCUGGAGCUCCACUCUCCUAUGUUGCAUAAUAGACCACGCUAUAUUGUGUCACCGAACAGCUCGCAGAACUCGCUUCCUCAAGCAAAGGCGCAAGCUUCGCACCAACAAAAUCAAAACGUUCCAUCGACUGUGAUCACUGGCCCAGAUAAUGGUCAGAGAAAACAAGAGUCGCCAACAGUUGCUCCAACAGCAGCAUUUAGGGUGCCGCCUGCUCAACCAAUGGUUCCAAGACCACCACCAGCGCAACAGUCUUACCCAUCAAACCCUCAGUAUCAGUACAGUAAUCAGCAGCCGCCUCCACAAGGAUACGCUAGUGCUGGUAUCCCACCAAGUGUCACGAACACUGGCAUUCCUCCCAGUGUGUCACAGCCUAAAUCAGUGAGACUGCCCCCACCUCAGCAAUAUCAGCAGGGCCAGCAGUAUGCCCAGGCUCAGCAAGGCAAACCUCGUUCUGGCCACCCUUACCAGCAAAGAGCCUAUGCCAAUUACCAGAGUGCACCACAGCAAGGUGGAUAUUCCGCUCCUUUGCAGAGACCACCACACCAGUACAAUAUAGCUCAACAACCGGCACACCCCAACAUGAGCUCCCAAAGCAUUCGCUCCUAUGGAGAUGGCCAACAAGUGUAUCAGUAUGAGGCGCAGCCUCAGGGCCACCGUCCUCCUCCUCCUUCAAGCACACAGGGAGGACAGUAUGGCAACCAACGUUACGGCCCCAGCGGUCAGCCAGGCGCAUAUCAGCGUCAGUAUUAG